AUGGAGAUAGCGGAGAGGUGUGCGUACUACGGCAUGUCCACAAACUUCAUCACCUACCUGACGGGCCCUCUCGGCGAGUCCACCGCGUCAGCCGCAGCCAGCGUGAAUACCUGGAGUGGCGUGUCCUCGAUGGUUCCCCUCCUUGGCGGCUUACUCGCCGACUCAUUCGUCGGGCGUUACCGGACCAUUGUCAUCGCCUCCGUCGUCUACGUCCUGGUUCGUCGUUUUGUACUGACUCCCCUUAUCCAUUCAUCGCCUCAUAAAUUAUUCGAUUAAGCGGUUUUUGCAAUCACUACCAAUUCCGGGGUGGGGGAGUGAUUGAUUGCCGUAAGAAGAGCGGAGGAGAGUGUGCUCUCAGGGGCUUACUCAAGGGCGUGGGGAUUUGAUGGUGCUGCUGGAAGAAUGGGGGGGGGGGAGAGAGAGAGAGAGAGAGAGAGAGAGAAGAGAUUGACGGAGGGGUUGAGGACUCUGGUACCUGAAAUUGAAGUGGAGGAUAUUGAUCUGCAGGGCCUAGGCAUGCUCACAGAAACGGCGGUCUCUCCAUAUCUUCGUCCUCUCUGCGGCGGCAACGAUGACACCGAAGCUUGCCAUCCGACUCAAUUCCAAUCUGCUAUCUUCUUCCUCGCGAUAUAUCUGGUCUCAUUUGCCCAGGGGGCGCACAAGCCCUGCGUGCAAGCCUUCGGAGCAGAUCAGUUCGACGAGAACGAUCCUGAAGAAUUCAGGUCCAGGAGCUCCUUCUUCAACUGGUGGUACUUCGGGAUGCACAGCGGGUUGAUAUUCACCUUCGUGUUCAUGAACUACGUCCAGCAGGAGAUCAGUUGGGGUUUCGGCUUCGGAGUGUCCUGCGCCUCCAUGGCUCUUGGCCUCGCCCUCUUCUUGAUCGGAACACCAAAUUAUCGUCAUUCCAUCCUCAAUAAUAAAGGCCCUGUCGCAUCUCUCGCUCAAUCGUCCGCCAAGGAAGUCAAUGAAGUCAGCGAAGCCCUUCUCCCCGAGGCUACUUCUCAGUCCAGGUAAAAGCCCCCUGAAUUCCCCUGAACUUCUUCGAUUUGGUUACUCCCUCGUCCAUCCUGCAAUGUGAUCUUCUUCUUCUCUUCAACCUACUUCUCCCAUGGCAGCUCUGCGGAGGUCUCCCAGUGCUCAUCUCCGGUGGAGUAUAGCAAUGAUAAAAGCCAUUCACAGACCGCGCGAGAAGUCCUCAGGUUGUUCCCGAUAUGGGCAUCCUGCUUGAUGUACGCUGUUGUAUUUGCUCAACCGGCGACCUUCUUCACCAAGCAAGGCAGCACCAUGGACAGACGAAUCGGCCGCACCUUCAACCUCCCCCCUGCGACAUUGCAGAGCUUUGUUAGCCUCUCCGUCGUGAUCUUCGUCCCCAUCUACGACCGAAUCCUCGUCCCCAUCGCUAGAGCCUUCACAGGGAUACCUUCAGGUCUUACCAUGCUCCAGAGAAUCGGCGUCGGAAUGCUGAUCUCACUUGCCUCCAUGGCCGUAGCCGCUCUGGUGGAGAUGAAGAGGCUCCGAACUGCCAGAGAUUUCGGCCUGAUCGACCUACCAAAUGCCACCAUUCCCAUGAGCUUGUGGUGGCUGGUUCCCCAGUACGUCCUCUCGGGAAUCUCGGAUUCCUUCACCAUGGUUGGCCUGCAAGAAUUCUUCUACGACCAGGUGCCUGACGGGCUGAGGAGCCUCGGCAUAGCUCUCUACUUGAGCAUCUUCGGGAUGGGGAGCUUCAUCAGCAGCUUCAUCAUUUCGGUGAUCGACAGAGCCAGCAGAACCAGCGGCAACAGCUGGUUCUCCGACAACCUCAACCGCGGCCACCUUGACUAUUUCUACGGGUUCCUCGCCGUCCUCAGCGCUGUGGCAUUGACUAUCUUCCUCUACCUCGCUCAGAUCUACCAGUACAAGAGCAAGGUGAAAGACCGAAUAUGA